AAGAAGUAGUAUUCCAGUGCAUUGAAGUCUAAUCCUUGCUACAAUACAGCCACACAUAUGCUUCUCGUCAUUUUGCUCAUUACUAGCUCUGCUGCUGGGAAGAUUCAAGAUAAUGAGUCUUCAGAAUGGGGUGAAGUGGGGUCAAGUUGGGAAGAUAUCAAAGAAGCAGACCAUGAUAGUGAAGAAGUUGAUGGCAAUGGUAUCCAGAAACUUAUUGACUUGCUUAAACCUCUGCUAACCAGGAAGAAAAGUGUUAGAGAAUGUACAUGUAAAACAAUUAAACCAAGGGAAGAGAAACAAGAUUUAACCACACUUGAACCAGAGAAAGUAUCUGAAAAAAAUAAUGGAACCAAGGGCUUGUCUCUUCCUUUGGUUGAAGAGAAUGGACCUGACUAUUUAAUGUAAGAUUUCCAGACUAUGUCAGAUUUUCAAGCAUUGCCAGGCAGAGAAAAUGUCCUUGUUUUAUGAGUGUUUCUGUAUGUUCUCUCCAUAAAGUUUCAUUUACAAAAUAUACUUUUUCACUGACA